AUGUCCAGACAGGAUGAUUUGGCUUAUGGUGGUUAUUACGAGGGUGCGGAACGUGGGUCUGGCGACGGAUCCCGCGGUCUAGGCGAUACCUUCAAGAAGCUCCGCGAUACUUACAAGAGCCACGGAUCUUCGCAUGGUCAGGCUAGUCAGACAUACAACCCAAGUGGUUAUCAAGGACAGACUUACCCGACCCAGACCGAACCACAAUACGGAUAUGAUCAAAGCCAAAAUACAAGUGGACAGCACCAAAACCCUGACUAUUACGGGAAACCUCAAAAAGAAGACAAACUGGCUGGUUUUCUAGGGAAACUUCAAGGGACUGUGACCGAGUUUGGUUCCGAAUUCGUUCAAAAGAUCGGUACCACCAUCGACCCACAGGCAUAUGCCGAGUAUGGUCCCAGCAAGCCCAACGCAGAGCAUCGAUUUGGUAGCUUCGCUCCUCCGCGGGAACAUAACGAUGUAAAGUGGUAUGUGGAUGGAUGUAGCUAUUUCUGGGCUGUGUCACGAGCUCUGGAAAAUGCCCGAGAGUCGAUUUGGAUCUUGGACUGGUGGUUGUCACCCGAACUUUAUCUGAGAAGGCCUCCGGCCAAGAAUGAACAAUACCGAUUGGAUCGCAUGCUGCAAGCUGCAGCUCAGCGGGGCGUGCGCGUCAAUGUCAUUGUUUACAAGGAAGUUACGCAGGCACUUACUCUAUCUUCUUCCCACACGAAACAUGCCCUGGAAAAUUUGCACCCUAAUAUCGCUGUCUUCCGUCACCCUGACCACCUGCCCGAUCGCCAAGAGCUGGCAGCUUCCAUCACAUCGUCCUUGCAGAAUCUGUCACUCGACUCGGCAAGUCUGAGUAAGAUGUCAAAAGACACACUGAAGGGACUCUACGGAAUGAACGAUGACGUCAUUCUCUAUUGGGCUCAUCAUGAGAAGCUUUGCUUGAUCGAUGGCCGGGUUGCCUUCAUGGGUGGCCUGGACAUGUGCUUCGGCCGCUGGGACACAAACCAACAUGAGCUUUCAGAUCUACAUCCCUCGGAUGUCAACCAAACCGUAUUCCCUGGCCAAGACUACAACAAUUCUCGUGUCCUUGAUUUCCAAGAUGUCGUUCACUGGGAGAAUAACCAGCUGGAUAGAAAGACCAUGUCUCGGAUGGGAUGGUCUGAUAUAUCCGUGAGUCUGCACGGUGCAGUCGUGGAAGAUUUGCGGCGUCACUUUGUGGAGAGAUGGAACUUUAUCUAUGAUUUGAAGUACAAGGUUCGCAGUGAUUCUAGAUACGCGAGACUGGCACUUUAUGGAAGGCCCACUUCCUCGACAGGCCAACAGCAGGCUGGUUCUCCGCAGCCCAACCUGUACCCCUCUGGACAGUCGAGUCCACAGGGUCAGCCACCUGCGCCAUCUUGGCAGCAGAAGCCUAGCGGAGCUACAUCGCCUGCCUUCCCCCGCCGCCAGUCCCAGCCUCAGCAUCAACAAUCUGCCGGGGUAUACCAGCCCUACAACAGUGCUAGCACUCCAACCUAUCCGCCACCGCCGGCUCAGACCUCCUCAAAUCAGCAUCAAUAUCAGCAGCAGAAUACGAAUACCUCUUACCAACCUGCAAAUGCUUCAACCUAUCCACCGCCGCCAAGCCAAAGUUCUCUAGGCUACCAAACCCAAUCUACCCAGCCCUCGAGUCAUGAUGCAGGCAAUUAUAGUUACAGUGGGAGCUCAUUCCCUCCUCCUCCGCCUGGACCCCCGCCAGCGCAGUCCACUGCCAACACCUCGUAUCAACCUUAUCAACCGGGGCAGCAACAAGAGCAGAAGCCCUAUUUCCCACCUCCGCCAGGACAGGAAACAUCCCACUCCAACACCCGUGGAAUCGAUGAUUACCAGCAUGAAGGUGAUCGCGAACGAGGCUCUUUGAACCCCCGUCGUUUCCGAGAGGACCUGACCCAAUAUGGUAGCACCCUUCGCGGUCAGCUCGCCGGAACAAUCCACCAGUAUCAGGAUCGACUGACCACAUAUGGCCGCCCUUCCUCUUCGCAAGGCCGAGGCAAUAUGUCAUGCCAGAUCGUGCGCAGCUGUGCGAAAUGGAGCAACGGCAGCCAGCUUGAGCAUUCAAUUGCCGACGCAUAUUGCGCCAUCAUCCGAAACAGUGAGCACUUUGUCUACAUUGAAAAUCAGUUCUUUAUCACUGCAACCGGCGAUUCGCAGCGUCCAGUGAAAAAUCAGAUUGGUACCGCCAUCGUGGAGAGAAUUUUACGUGCUGCCCGUGCGGGUCAGAAAUAUAAGAUCAUUGUGGUCAUUCCAUCUGUUCCCUGCUUUGCCGGUGAUUUGCGAGAUGAUGAGACUCUCGGGACACGCGCGAUUAUGGAGUUCCAGUACAACUCCAUCAACCGCGGAGGUCACAGUAUCAUGGAGCUGAUUGCUAAGGAAGGAUUUAACCCAAUGGAGUACAUCCGUUUCUACAAUCUUCGUAAUUAUGACCGGAUUAACAAUGGCAGUAUGAUGGCUGCAGCUGAACAGCAGAGUGGUGUCAACUACGAGGAUGCCCGCAGGCAGUAUGAUUUGAACACUGCAGGUCCUGGUGGAUAUGCCCCCAGCACUGCUCGUAGUGCUUUUGAUACUACCGCGCCAUUCCAGAAGUACCAGCAAGCUGCACACCAGGCACAGGGCAGUCAUCCUUCCUCGAACCGAUGGGACAGUGUGAGCGAGUGUUACAUGCUUGGCGGAGAGGAUAUUCGCAAAGUGCCGUGGGAUGGCCACCCUGAUGCCGAAAUUGAUGCGUUUGUGAGCGAAGAGCUUUAUGUUCACUCAAAGGUGAUGAUUGCCGAUGAUCGUGUAGUUGUUUGCGGAUCCGCAAACCUGAACGACCGUUCUCAAUUGGGUGACCAUGACUCUGAGAUUGCAGUUAUUAUCGAAGAUUUCACACCUCUGGCAUCCACCAUGAAUGGUAAGCCAUGGACUGCCAGUCGCUUUGCUUCAUCUCUCCGCCGCCAGUUGUUCCGUAAACACCUUGGUCUUCUGUCGCCGCAAGAUUAUCAACGACCGGAUGCAAACUUUGAGCCCGUGGGUGUUCCCAACCAAUUCGACUUCGACUGCCCUGAGAGCAAGGUUGUUGCCGAUCCGCUUUCCGACACUGCCCAGAGUCUUUGGAACUCGCGAGCGCACACGAACAGCGAGGUCUUCCGGAAGGUAUUCCACGCGGUUCCAGAUGACUCAGUCCGCAACUGGGCCGAGUACAAAGAGUUCUAUGAGUACUAUUUCCACAAGACUGAGAAGAGUGCCGAGGGCAGGGAAGGAUCACGCCCAGCGCGAUUCCAAUGGGGCCACGUUGUGCGCGAUGACUUUGCGCCUGGUGCAGAGGGGGCGAAACAAGUCAAAGAACUGCUUAGCCAAGUUAAGGGCACUCUUGUUGAGAUGCCUUUGAUGUUCUUGAUCGAGGAAGAUAUUGCCAAGGAAGGAUUGACUCUGAAUGACUUGACCGAGCCACUCUAUACCUGA